GUAGUAGAAGUGUUUCUGAAUAUCUGUUCAGCUCUUGGAGUUCGGACGUAUAACAAACCUACGACACUGGUGUUAUGGAUGUGCAAUCCCUCUCAAUGCACAGGGAUCCCCAUCUAAUGGGAGAGCCAUGUGUUCAGAUUUUCGAGCAGCCCAAACAGAGAGGCAUGCGUUUCAGAUAUAAAUGCGAAGGUCGUUCUGCGGGCAGCAUACCAGGAGAAAGAAGCUCUGACAAUAACAGAACCUACCCAAGCAUUCAGAUUCUUAAUGUCACUGGCAAAGGAAAAGUGCGUGUUACUUUGGUGACCAAAAGUGAACCUUACAAACCCCAUCCCCAUGACCUAGUGGGAAAAGACUGCAAGGAUGGAUAUUACGAGGCAGAGUUUGGACCUGAACGAAGGGCCAUUGCUUUUCAGAAUCUGGGCAUCCAGUGUGUGCGGAGAAGAGAAGUGAAGGAUGCCAUCAUGCAGAGGGUGACACGAGGAAUCAACCCCUUCAAUGUUCCCCGUGAGCAGCUGCUACAGACUGAAGAGUAUGAUCUGAAUGUGGUGCGUCUGUGCUUCCAGAUUUACCUGCAGGAUGAGAGCGGGAUGUACAGCACCAUGCUGCCUCCCAUCGUUUCCAACCCCAUCUAUGACAACAGGGCCCCGAACACAGCCGAACUGCGGAUCUGCCGGGUGAACAAGAAUAGCGGCAGUGUAAAGGGAGGCGAUGAGAUUUUCCUGCUCUGCGAUAAAGUGCAGAAAGAUGACAUCGAGGUGCGGUUCUUCACUCAGACCUGGGAGGCCAAAGGCUCUUUCUCUCAGGCAGAUGUGCACAGACAAGUGGCCAUAGUGUUCAAGACCCCUGCUUACUGUGACACCAGCAUCACUGCUCCGGUCACUGUGCGCAUGCAGCUGCGCCGACCCACAGACCAGGAGGUCAGUGAGCCCAUGGAGUUCAGAUACCUGCCUGAUGACAAAGAUCCCUACGGCUGUCGUGAGAAGAAACGUAAAAUCGACAUGCAGAUGAAAUCCUCCUUCCCAAGCUUCUCCCAGGAAGCCAUGAGCUUCAUGAACAGAACAAAAGCCGUGUCUUCAACCAACUUGAUGAAUCAGAGAAUCAAAACCGAGCCACCAAAUUUUUAUCGCCCACCAAACCAAGGGGUGGCCCGCCAAAAUCAGCCAGUCUAUUAUAACAAAGGCCUUCGGUCCUGCCCUAUGAUGCCACAUCCAUCAGAAACCACGACACAAGGAGCUCUAAGCCAGUGGACCAGUCAAGUCACCAACACUUCUGUGCCCAAUAAUGUUGUAAGUCUACAGCAGGUGAACCCAAGUCCCAACAUGCCAAGUGCAGGGGAAAAUGGAAACAGCCUUCCUCUGUUGACCUCGAUGGAUCUGGAGAUUCUUCAACCCAACGGACCAACCGGCAACCAGCCUCGACAGGACCUACUAAACCAGCAGGUUCAGCAAUCCCAACAGCCACCACAAAGACAAGGACAGGAAGGAGCCUGGUAUAACUACAGCUCCCAACAGCCUCAAAACACACAAAAUGGAGCAUCAGGCGCUAGUGGGUCACUAGCAACGGGCUACCAGUUUACAAGCGGCUUAGAGGAUGAUAUCUUGCAAAGUCUCAUGGGUAAUCAUCAACCAGGCAUCCAGUUGAAACAGGAACCUCAAGGGCUGAGCAACAUGGCUCCAUUGGUCAACUCGGAUUGUGUACAGUCCUUCACAGCCCUCCUAAACUGCAACAAUGGAAGUACUCCAGAACACAUGAGACAAAUAGACCCCAAUGGCGCCAAUCAGAGGGUCUCGCAGAUACAGUAUCCUUCUGGAAAUAUGGGGCAGGAGAGCCAUCUUGAGCAUUACACCUGGCACUUUCCCGAAUAGAGUUGAAGAUUUUUCUCGGUCUUUAAGCGUAGGCCACGGUUUAUGUUCACUGAAUGUAUUUUUGAUUAAAGAUCUGGAGGGUUUGUUGUGUAGGGAUUACUGUAAAUGCUGAUUCACACCGCACUGAUAGAUGACGAUAUACAGACAGGACAAUCAAAAGAGAUUACAGUACAUCACUAUUUGACCCUAUAGAUGCCAUGAGAAAUCAUGGAAAUGAUUGCUGACAAGAGAAAAUGUGCUGAUCCA